CAUCUCCUUGGCUACAGUGGGAUUCCCCCUCCGUUGAAAGCUAUCGCGUGGUCGAUUCCGAUAUAGUAAGGAUUGCAACGUUUGACGGGACAUAAGGGGAAAAUCGCUUAAUACAAGAUGGAAAGCGGGGAAAUGAGACAAAGACUUUCUUUGAAAGAAAAGAUCAAGAAUCAUUACCAAAUGAAUCCGCCAAAAUUUGCACCGGAACCGAAAGAAGCCAAUAAGGUCGGUGUGACAUAUUUCACGUGCAUGCUGCUGAGUUUGGCGAUUGAAGGGAUAUUCAUCCUAAUUCCCUCGAAUUUUAGGGGAGAGUUCUAUUCGAUUAUAAUCUUUGAAGUUCUGGCAAUUUUCGUUUUCAUGGAGACUUGUGCAAACUGGUAUCGUACGUGGUACGAUGUUGCAAAUUACGUGCGAAAGACCACAAAGGAGAAAUACUUUUCGGGUGACAAUACCCCCGAAGGAUGGAAACAGUGCUUCGCCUGUCAGCUGGACGCCCCUCCUCGCUCGCACCACUGCACUCUGUGUAACAAGUGCAUGAUGAAGAGAGACCACCAUUGUUACUUUACAGCAUCAUGUAUAGGAUUCCAAAACCAAAAAUACUUCAUAGUAUUCUGUUUCUACACAGUCUGUGGGUGUGCCCUGGCUCUGUACCUGCAACUUACUUUCCUCGGUGAAAUAUUCCCUCUCAAUACGACUGCUGCCAUCCAUUACUUUCCUGUCAUGCCCAUCUGGGAUUGGAUGACUGGUGUGAUAUCCUUCCCCCUGCUUGUCCUCAUGAUCCACAUGUACAUGACACUGACCUGUUUAGUGGCAACAGGAAUGUUUGCCACAUGGCAGAUGCUGAUGAUCAUCUGCGGGAAGACGAGCUACGAAGCUAAGAGAAACAUCGCAACAUACAACCAGGGAACAUUAGACAACCUAAGAGGUGUGUUCGGACCACUCAGGUUCUGUGCGGUUCUGCUACUAGCUCCGAUUUCUUUGCCACAACUUGGUGAUGGAAUACAGUGGAAGAUUAACCCCAAAUGUCAAAAGAGGUCCUGAGCAGAAACUGCACAGACUGUUGUUUACAUCAAUGCACAUUUCAUCACCUUAGCAUGAUCUCACCUGCUGAAUGCUACUGCUGAAUUCAAUUUCUCUGGUUAUUCCUGUCUUGGAGUCUUGAACACCUUGUCUUGUAAUUAUCUUACAUUUGUUAUGUAUUGCAGUGCUUGGAACAAGGGAUAUCGCUGUUUAAUGUUUAGAGGUCCCUAAAGCACAAUUAGUGAAUAAGUGAGUGUGGUGUUCCAUGACUUAUAGCAAUACACCAGUGGUAUCUCACCAGGGGACACAAGUAGGCUUCACAUACUGUAUCCAUGUGGGGAUUUGAACCUGGGCCUUUGGUGUGAUGAGGGAAUGCUUUAGCCACAUGGCUAUUGGAUAGACAUACUCAAAACCUGGGUUUGAGUUACCAUAUGCAUCAAUACAAUAUGUCUGAAGCCAAGUCUUGACAUUCUCCACAGUCAUGGGAGGAAUAAUGUCUUUAAGUGUAAAAGGUAUUUCUAUACCGUGUAGACAUUUUCAGCCUUUAGAGAAUCUAAUCAUUUCUAUCCACGAUGAACCUAGCCUGUUGUAGUGUGAUGAAUGUUGUAGAGAGAACCACAAAUCUGUUCUGUCACAUUGUUAUACACAGCUUGUACAUCCACACUGUUAAUACAACUUCAUUAAGUUCAAACACAUUUUCUGUAAGUAAAAGACUUGCUCAAAGAAAGACAAGUUGCAUUAAAGUAUAUUUCUGUC